AUGGAGCCAGAAGCCUUAGAAAUUUGCCCUUACAGCCCGCACCACCGGGGCCCACUCAGCCGAUUUCAGUCCCACCUGGCGUCCUGCAGGGGACAGAACUCCAAGAAAGCCAAAAAGAUGGCCAGUUGCAAAUACAACGCCUGCCAUGUGGACCCCAUCACAAAGCUGGAGGAUCCCGAGGCUGCGUGUGUCAACGGAAGCACAGGGGAGGAAGAGGGCACCGCACCCCUGAAAGUUAGCCUUCCUAGUUCAGAGCAGAGCGGAGAUGUCCCUCCAGAGGCCCCCCUGCUGCCCGGUUCUGACGUCUGGAAUGUCGACCACACUCACUGCCUUCUCAUGUUCAUCCUUAAAACUUUUGUUCCCCAAAAGCUUGUUUGUGAAAUGACAUAAGAGAGUCAGAGAGAGAGAGGCCCAUCCCCAAUGCCUGACCACCCCCCAGAAGACUCUCAGACCAGGAGGGCAAACCACCAGGAGCAGAAAGGAGCACUUGCCACUUAA